AUGACUCGCCGAUGGAACUAUGAUGUCUUCUUGAGCUUUAGAGGUGAAGACACCCGCGAAGGUUUUACCAGCCAUUUAUAUAAGGCUUUGUGCGACAAAGGCAUCAACACCUUCAUCGAUGAUAAACUUCAUAGGGGAGAACGAAUUUCGAAAGAACUUAUCCAAGUCAUCAAAAGUUCAUCGAUUUUGGUCAUUGUCUUCUCUGAAAACUACGCGGAGUCCAAAUGGUGCUUGGAUGAACUUGCUAAGAUUGUUAAGUGUAAUAAAAAGGACCCAGAGGUUCAAAUUCGUCCAGUUUUUUACAAUAUUGAUCCACCAGAAAUACGAAAUCAAAAGGGGAACUUUGGAAAAUCACUCGCUAAACAUGAAAAGAAGUUAAAGAAUAACAAGAACAAGGUGCAGAGGUGGAGGGAUGCUCUAAGAAAAGCAGCUAUUGCAUCUGGGUGGCAUUACAAGAAAGGCUGCGCUACAUAUAAAUCUGAAUCUGACUUCAUCCAAAACAUUGUUGAAGAGAUAGCAAAUGCUAAAGUAAAUCUGACGCAGUUAUAUGUUGCUGAAUACCCAGUUGGAAUAAAUUCUCGUGUAGAGGACAUAGAGUCACUUUUAGAUAUUGGGUUAGAUGAAUUUUGCGUGGUAGGGAUUCAUGGCCUUCUUGGAGUAGGAAAGACUACAAUCACAAAAGCUGUUUAUAAUAUAAUUGCUAAUUGUUUUGAUGGAAGCUGCCUUUUAGAGAAUGUUAGAGAAAAUUUAGGGAUAGAUGCUGGCAUAAUCAAACUACAAGAGCAACUUCUUAAUGACAUCUUAGGAAAUGGAAAUUGGAGAGUGGGCAGCAAAUUUAGAGGAAUCAUUUUGGUAAAGUAG